GAGAGAGAGACACACACACAUGACACAACAAAACACUAUUCAAUAAUAUCUUGUUUUUGUUUUUCCUUUUUUCUCAUUCUGUAGUUAAUGUUGUUGUUGUUCUCCUUUCUGUCUUUCUUUGCACUCAAUCUUCACUUUCACCCCUCUCUCUCUCUCUCUCUCCUCUGUGCACUUCUGUCACCCACCACUCUUUAAUUUCCCUCAGGAAAAACUGUUGAACGUUUUUUCAAAACUCUCACUAGCUUCCAGUUCAUAACUCUGUGCACCAUCACCACACCACUCUUUUGAUUCUCUCUCCUCAGAUAACUAGGUGGUGAACUUUGGCGAACUGAAUAUUGAGGGGUCAAAGUUUCUUGUGAAAGUGAAAGAUUCUGAAGGAACUUAAAGUAAAUGCAUGGAUCGUGGGGAUCAAAUUGCAUUAUCUGGGUCUGCAUCUUACUAUAUGCACAGAGGAAUACCUGGUUCUGGAACUCAACCUGAAUUACACAACUCACCUGGUAUCCGUCCACUGUCUAAUCCCAAUGUACCAUUUCAAUCAAGCAUUGGGGGUAGUACCAUUGGAUCCACAUUACCAUUAGAAUCUUCAGGAAUUUCAUCUCAAUGUGUCAAUGUUGGUGCUUCUUCUGGGGCUGCAACUGGUGAAGCUGUCAAAAGGAAGAGAGGAAGGCCUAGAAAAUAUGGUCCUGAUGGAGCUGUGUCAUUGACAUUGACUCCAACACCAGCUAGUCAUCAUGGAACCAUGACUCAAAGCCCAAAACGUGGUAGAGGGCGCCCUCCUGGUUCUGGGAAGAAACAGCAAUUGGCUUCUCUUGGUGAAUUGAUGUCUGGUUCAGCUGGGAUGGGUUUCACUCCUCAUAUCAUCACCAUUGCAGUUGGAGAAGACAUUGCAACAAAAAUUAUGGCAUUUUCGCAGCAGGGGCCUAGAGCUAUAUGUAUUUUGUCAGCCAAUGGGGCUGUCUCCACUGUGACACUUCGUCAGCCUUCAACUUCAGGUGGCACUGUCACAUAUGAGGGACGUUUUGAGAUCCUAUGCCUGUCAGGCUCUUACUUGCUCGCUGAUAACGGCGGCUCCCGCAACCGAACUGGUGGAUUAAGUGUUUCCCUUGCAAGUCCUGAUGGUCGUGUCAUCGGUGGAGGAGUUGGUGGAGUGCUUAUUGCAGCAAGUCAAAUUCAGGUGAUAGUUGGGAGCUUUCUAUGGGGCGGAUCAAAGACCAAGAACAAGAAAAAGGAAGGUUCAGAAGGUGCAGAAGUUGCUUUAGAGUCAGAUCAUCAGGAAGUUCAUAAUCCAGUUGCAGUGAAUAGCAUUUCCCCAAAUCAAAAUCUUACUCCAACCUCAUCACUAAGUCCUUGGCCGGCAUCGCGUCCGUUGGAUAUGCGUAAUUCCCAUAUUGACAUUGAUUUAAUGCGGGGGUGACAAUUCAUUUAGCAUAAGCUAGUACUGGGUAUAUACAUAUAUAUAUAUAUUUCAGAUUUAUGGUCACUCAUCUAAUUUUCCUCUAGUAGUAAUGGCAGAAUGGGAAGUUACCAAGUACCAACAACAGAGUAGAAGCAAGCUGACUUUUGGAAUUUGGUAAAAUGUCACCUAUCCUUCCACCCAUGAUUGACUUUAGGGUUGUACUCAUAUUUUUGUAGCUGUGAGGAAUUUUAAUUUGAAGAUUUGGUGUCCUUCAUUAAAUACUGUUUAUAUCCUAUUUGAAAGUAAUUGACAUUGGGCUAUAGAUGUUUUAUGGUUU